GACUCUUGUUUACCUCUUUUUCCUUUGGUUUCCGAAGUACAUCAGUGAUAAUGUCUCAUUCAUUUUAAAAUUAACAAUAUGAAUAUUACUUUACGUUGAAAUACGUUGACGAAUAAAGCUUAAGAAUGCUGAAACUGGUGAAAGGCUCUCCUUUUGAGGAGGAUGUUGAAAAGGCCACAAAUGAAAACAAUUUAAAUGAAGAUUGGUCUUUAAUAAUGCACAUUUGUGACAAUGUCAUUAAUUAUCAAGAUGGUGCGAAGUUUUGUUUAAAAGCUAUUAUGAAAAGAUUGCAUCAUAAUGUACCGAGGGUUGUGCUACAAACACUGACACUUUUGGAUGCAUGUGUAAAAAACUGUGACCGGAGAUUUCUAUUACAAGUUGCAUCCAGUGAAUUCACAAAUGAAGUACGGAAAUUAUUAGGAAAGAUGCAUCCUGAAGCUGAGAAAAAAUUAAAACUUCUUCUUCAAAGAUGGGCUAACGAGGAAUUCAAAGAUGAUCCAGAACUUGGUAUCAUACCUUCUUUGUAUUACAAGCUUAAAAGUGAAGGUGUGGAAUUCCCUUCUCCUGAAGCUGAGAAAAAGCCUGCUGCUCCAAUUUGCACCGAUCCUAAUGUUGUAACUAGUCAAGAAGAAGAAAAUGAUAUUAUUAAAGCUAUAGAAAUAUCUCUAAAGGAUACUGGUAGAUAUGAUGUCCCUUCAGAACAUGGAACUUCUAAUUAUGGACCAGAUUUUUCAUCAAAACCUUUACCAGAACCUAUUAAAGUUCGAGCUAUGUAUGAUUUUGAUGCUGCUGAGGACAAUGAAUUAACCAUUAAGGCUGGGGAAAUUGUCAUGGUGUUAGAUAAUAGUAAUAGCAGCUGGUGGAAAGGUUCUAAUCACAGAGGAGAAGGUUUAUUUCCAGCUAAUUUUGUCACAGAAGACUUGGAUUAUAAACCAGAAGAUACUCCCUCUGUAACAACAGAAUUUGUUACUGACACAGCAUUAGAUGCUACUUUUGUUGGAGAAGUAAAAAUAGAUGAGGCUAAAAUAGAAACUUUAAUAAAUUGGCUGAAUGAGACUGAUCCAGCCAGUGAGGCUCCAGAUUCUACAGAAAUGCUGAAGCUGGAAGAUGAAGUUCAUAAAAUGGCACCUCUAAUUGAAGAUAAUUUACAAUCAGUUGAUAAACGUAUAGCUAUGUUAAGUCUUGUAAAUGAAAAAAUUAUGGCUGCUUUCGACUUGUUUCACAGUUUAUCAGACAAUUGGUCCACUUUACCUCCCAAUAUGAAAUAUGCUACUAUGCCUGGUUCUCAACCACAGGUUUCCAUGACAACAAUGCCAUCAACAGCCUAUCAAACUAUGCAACCCUUCCCGAAUCAGCCUAUGAUGUAUGUUCCAGCACCAUCUUCUGGUCCUCAAUAUGUCAUGGCUGGUGAUCAAACAGCAGCAAAGUCAGUUUCUGCUACUCAUACCCUGCCUCAUCCUCAACCUCCUCUUCCUUCUCAAGUGCAAGCACCUAUGACAAAUGCACCUCAACCUGUAGCAGCAGAUAAUUCUGGAGCUGAAAAAAGUGCAAAUGGUACGAACUCUGUUCCAACUUCAGCAAGUCAAGUUGGCUACCCACCAGUGAUGAUGAAUCCAUAUCAUCCAAAUCCAAUGGGUGGCUUUUUUGUGCCACCAGGAAUGCCAGUGCCAUUUCAAUAUCCACCAAAUCAACCUAAUAUGCAACCACAGGGUUUUAUGCCUGCACCAGGUGUCACUCCUAGUGUUAUGAAUAUUCCAUACCCUGUGCAAUCUAUGGGGCCUUAUAUCCCUUUUCCGUAUUAUUAUGUAAACAGCAACCCAGCUGUAACUCAAAACAACAUUCCUACUUCUGUGUCUCAAACUCCUGAUCAAGAAAGUGUUAAAAUACCUUCAACUACAAUAGCAUCUACAGAUUCAAGUGUAGCUACAUCAGCUUCUUCCUUUCCCAGUUAUUCUAGUGAUUUACAAACUAUGAAUUUUACUACUGUCCCUAGUAGUAAAGAACAAAAUGGAAUACUGACAGACUCGAGUGCUCUUUCAUCCAUUGAUUCAAAUGCUCAUCCUGAGCCUAUCCAAGGUUCAAAAUAGAUAGUUGCAAUUUAUUUUGUUAUAUGUAAUCAAAUUUCAUUAUAAAAUUGGUUUUAAUGAGGGAAAAAAUUCAGGUAUAACAUUUUUUUUUAGUAUUAGUAUGAGUGUAUGCCUUGUACUGAUUUUUUUUUCCCUGUGCCUAUUUAUCUAUUAACAUCCAAAUUAAUAUUAAACAUAGAUUACAGGAAAUUUCAUUUAAAUUAAGUUUAAAAAUACCACUUUAACAGUUGUAAAGUAAAAUUUUAAAAAAAUGAUAGAAAAUAGUUUUAAAAAAUUUUUUUGAAGUACAUAAUAGAAUUUUAAAAUAUAGUAAAAUGUCAAAAAAAAAAAAGGGAUUAAUUUCGAAUUCAUCACAAUACCUAAAAUAAAAUCAAAGAAGAAAAGUAAAAAUUUCAAGGUUAUAACAUUUAAAUUCCAAGAUCUGACUAAUGAUUGACUACAUGCCAGUUGAAAAAAAUAUUAUGUAUUAUAAUUGAUAUAUUGGUUUAUAAAUUUUUGUUAGGGAAAUAUAUAUUGAUAUGUUAGAACAAAGUUAAGAAAAAAUAAUGGAAUGUAUUCAUUUCAGCCAUGAAUGUAAAAUAUGACUAUCUUAUAAAUGUCGUCAGAGCAUUAAUAAAUUAAAUAAAAAAAUUUUAAAAAACCCUCAGUAAUGUUUUUUUAAAGUAAGUUUUUUCAGUAAUAUUUCUUACUGGAUUUUCAUUUUAGAAUAAUUUUUUUUAAAUAGUUAAACCUUUUUGAUAUAGUAGAAUUUUUAUGUAGUUGUAAAAUUUCUGUAUGUAAUUGUGAUUUAACAAUCUUUUGUUCAGAAUUAUUUGUUUCUGUUCUUGACUUAUUGAAAUACUUCAUGCUAACAAUUUUUUUAAUUGUGAAAGAUUGAAAUUUCAGAAUGUUUUACCAACAAAAUUUCCAUUGACUUGAAUAUUUAAGUUUGUAAUUUGAUGUUUUUUUGCAAAUAUUAAAUUUUUAUAUUUCAAAUGUUUCACAUUAUUCUUGUGCAGCUAUGAAAAUGACAUUCAUGUUUAUUUUUUUAAGAGAAAUAUACUAUAUGUUUACUUUUCAAAUUGUGAUAUUAAAAAAAGUUGGUGUGUCUUAAGUAUAAAAGUAUGCAAGACUUACAAUAAGAGAUUUUUAUUUAAGUAUUCCAUCAGGGAACUGCUUAUUUUUCAACUUUAUAUGACAUCUGUUAUUUUUUCAUUGCAAUUUCUAUGAAUCACUUUAUAAAAAUUGCUAUGUUCAGACACUUCUGUGCAAUUGUAUGUUAUUUAUUAUAUAAUUCUAAAACAUAUUAUUUUAUAAAUGCAAAAUUAAUAGUGUAUAAACAUUUUUUUUUUAAAUCCUUAUAGUAUUUACUUAGACGUCAUUUUUUUUUUUAAAAAAAAAGAGGGAAUAGGCUUAUUGAAAGAAUAAUAUUUACAAGAAUAUUUAGAUUUUUUAUUAAGGACUUUCAAAUUAUCAUAUUUUACAAUAUAAGUGUGUAAUGAGUUUUGUUUAUACCUUUAAAUUCAUUGUUAAUCCCAUAAAUUGAUUGUGCCUAACUUUUAUAUUGACUUUAAUUUGUACAGAUUUGUAAAUAUUGUAUAAAAAUGUUAUUAUGUAAUUUUCAUAACAGUACUAAAUGUUUUAAAUUUAAAUAAUAGUACUAAAUGUUCAAAUUUUACAUAUGUUAUCAAUUGUUAGAAUACAUCUUUAAAUUAAAAAAAAUUGUUAAAUUAUUGUCACACAUUUUCUUCAAACUGAUGUACAAUUUGAUCUUAUCUUUUUUUAAGGGCAUAGUUUGAUUGUUAUU